GAGAAUAUGAAUAUUGUGAUCACGUGAGAUAGAAAAAAUAUUUUUCAAAACUGCUCUCUGAGAGUUUUCCGAAAGAGAUAAAAGGGCCCCUAGAUUUGAGGAAAAAUGCAGUCGUCCACUCGAAAAUCGAUCACUUUCCUGUGUGCUCUUUUUGCUUUGUCAACUUCAAUUUUACUCUCAGUUUUUAACCAAUUGCCGGAAUUUCCAGAAGACCACAAGCAGGUUGUGCAGAAACUUCCGCGAAGCAUGGACGACGCGAAAGAACUUGCGCGAGUUUUGUCUCUGUAUCGCGAGAACCACUAUUAUUCAGUGCUCACAUGCUUGGCCUUUGUCUACAUUUUCCUGCAGACUUUUGCAAUUCCGGGAUCUAUAUUCCUGAGUGUAGUUUUAGGAUUUCUUUUCAAUUUUUACGUGGCAUUGUUUGUAAUCUGUAUGUGUAGUGCUACAGGAGCCACUCUUUGUUAUCUUGCUUCUGGAUUAGUUGGACCGCCUCUUUUGGAAAAAUACUGCAAAGCAAGAAUUGAUCAAUGGAAAGCGUCUGUGAACCAUCAUCGUCAGCACAUGCUGAAUUACAUAAUAUUUCUGCGAAUCACGCCAUUUUUGCCAAAUUGGUUCAUAAACAUCAGCUCACCAGUGUUAGAUGUAAGUCUGUGGCCGUUUUUCAUUGGAACUUUUCUGGGCGUUGCACCGCCGUCAUUUGUCGCAGUGUCGGCGGGACAAAAUAUCUACAAUUUGACGACAGCUGGGGAUGCGCUAUCCUACACAAGCAUCCUCAUGCUUGCUAUCUUCGCAAUUCUGUCAAUGCUGCCUGUCAUUUUCCAAAAUAAACUGAAGGCUCAUUUCAGCUAAAAAUAUAAUGUAAGCAGUACUCACUUUAAAAUAUUAGAGUCAUUUGUCAUUUUAUAAACUUCAUAUUAAGGGCAAUCAUUAUAGUUUUCCGUGUUUUUAGAAUUUAUAAAUUCUUACUUUAUGAAUUUACUAAAUUAUUUGAUGUGAUGAUUUUGACAGUUAAUCCAAGCUAAGAUAAUUAUUGUAUUUUUGAUUAAUGGGC